AUGCGUGAGCAGAACUGCGGGCCGUCACCGGAGAGUUCGCCCAGCAGUUCGGCCUCUAGGUCUCGAAGUUUGAAGUCUGGAAGUCCCUUGGCCCCGGCUCUCCGGGAUGUCACCAGGCCCAAACCGAGGAAGACCCUCAGCUUCUCAGAGCAGGUUGAACACCGGUCAAUCAGUCCGAACCCACGACCAGGGGACGACAGGCACUCGACGGCUCGAUCAUCCGGCAAAUCGGCACCAAUGCAGAGCUCCAGCUUACCCGAUCUCUUCGCUUACGGGACCGGUCUUGCUGAUUUUCAGGAUGUUGGCAUGCAGCCUGAUGACAAGACUGAUGGCUCGGCCAACAAGCAGGAGGAGUUCGCUGGUGCUGCCGAAGCGGCGCAGCAGGAGCCACAUUUCACUUCUGGCGCUGACACCCGUGGCACGCGCCUUGCGCACGAAAAGAUGCCAGAGCCGGAAGAGGAGCCUGCAGAGGCCGCAGUGGCACAGGAAGAUGCCACUGCCUGUCGUACCUUGGAACAGUCCAGCCGCUAUGCCGACCUCACUCUGGAUGAGGCGACCUUGGUAAAGAACGGGGAGCAUGUGCUGGUCGCAUAUAUCAUGAAGCCGAAGAUGGGCUACGAUUACCUGGCCACAGCCGCCCAUUUCGCUGCUGAAUCUUGUACUGGCGCCAGAAGCACAGACGACGCCAAGGAGUCAGCAAAUGCAGUCGUGUACUACAUCGACGCGGACAGUCAGGAGAUGAGAAUUGCCUACCCGACCGUGCUCUUCGACAGCAACCUCACCGAUGGCCGCGAGAUGGUGAGGUCCUUCCUGACCCUCGCCAUUGGCAACACUCAGGGUAUGGAAGAUGUCGAGUUCGGCAAGAUCUACGACUUCUACUUGCCCCCGUCGUUCUUGCGACUACAGGAGAGCCCAUCCGUGAACACGAUGUGGCGCAUCCUUGACAAGGGCGCCAGCAAUGGAGGCCUUGCGGCAGCUGCCAUGAAGCCCAAGCUUGGCAUGACGCCAAAACCUUUCCGUGCGGCCUCCUAUGUGCUUUGGCAAGGUGGAGCCUACACCGCAGCCGACGUGCAGGCAAACCAGGCGCCCACCCAAGCAAGUGAGGGCAUUCCGGAGGUCGUGAAGGCCAUGAGGUCGUGCGUCCAAGGGACUGAUGUUGCUAAGCGGCAUUCGGGUGGCAACUACACUGAUGAAUCGAAGGAGAUGGAUGCUCGUGGAAAGUACGUCCUAUCGCAGUUUGGACCUUUCUCCGGAAAUUGCGUUUCCUUGGUGGCAGGAUAUGCAGCGGGAGGCAGUGCCCGGCACACUUUCCCCAGGCAGUUCGUUCAUUACCAUCGUGCGGGACAAGCAUCCACAAGCAGCCCCCAGACCCAACGCGGCUACUCUGCUUUCGUGCACACCAAGAUCUCCCAAGUCAUCACCACCACCAGCAUCCACGUCGACACCAUGAGCUUCGGCAAGACGCAUGGUGAUUCCCCCGACAAGAGUAUCGCUGUCAUGCUGCAGGACGACGCAGCCGAUGCCCGUCUCUGCAAUCAGGAGUGGGAAGGCAUGAGGCAAAAUGCUCCCAUUAUUUCGGGUAGCAUGAACGCUCUCCGCCUGCCGGCUUUCUUUGAAACCCUGGGCAACUCCAACGUGAUCCUGACUGCCGACAGCGGCUCUUUCGGCCACAAGGACGGCCCUGCGUCUGGUGCAAUCGCCUGCCGCCAAGUUGAGGAAGCAUGGAAGGCCUGGAGGUCUGGACAGUAUGGCAACGUCAGCUUGAGCGAUGGUGUGGUUGAGUUCGCCAAGACCCACGAGGAGAUCAAGGGUGCCUUCCUCACUUUCCCGAAGGAUGCAGACGAGAUAUACCCGGGCUGGAAGGAGAAGCUAGGCUGCACGGGCGAGGCGUCUGUACCACCGGCAAGCUUUGUGAAUGCAAAGAUCUCUCCAGCCUCCUCAACCGCAGCAGCCACGGCGCGCACCACUAUGAAUGCCGCAAAGAUGGCCUCGCAAAGCACGGCAGGAUCAGUGGUCAACCCGAAGAUGGCCUCGGAAAGCACAGCAGGAUCAGCGGUCAACCCGUACACCGGCGGAGUCAAGAGUAUCCAGGGUGCUAGCAGCAGCAACACGGCGCGAUCCGUGCUCCUCUCGCGGCAGGGGCGUGAGGCUGCGCUUCAGGAUUCGCCCAAGCAGAAGCAGGACGUCCGCGUGGCGUCCCAGACCGAUCCCCAGGUGAUUUCCAGCGACAAGAAGACGAGCGUGAGAAUCGAGCGUGCCAGCACGGACUCACAGCUGGCAGCCGCCGAGAAAGCAGUCAAUCCGUCUGCCGGCUUGGCCAAAACCAGCCACGAUGCCAGUGGCGGGUCGCGAACCCUGAUGGGAACAGGAAGCACUUCGAGUGAUGUCCCGCUACAGCGGCGUGGGUCCAUGUCUUUGCUGCAGGAUCCGCUCAAGCAGCAGGUUGACGUCCACGCGGCUUACCAGACCCUGCCCCAUGCCCAGGCCCUGGAGCGCCAUGUGGAACUGUCAUUGAACGAGGCGACCCUGAUGAAGAAUGGGGAGCAUGUGCUGGUCGCAUAUACCAUGAAGCCGAAGAUGGGCUACGAUUACCUGGCCACAGCCGCCCAUUUCGCUGCUGAGUCUUGUACUGGCGCCAGAAGCACAGACGACGCCAAGGAGUCAGCAAACGCAGUCGUGUACUACAUCGACGCGGACAGUCAGGAGAUGAGAAUUGCCUACCCGACCGUGCUCUUCGACAGCAACCUCACCGAUGGCCGCGAGAUGGUGAGGUCCUUCCUGACCCUCGCCAUUGGCAACACUCAGGGUAUGGAAGAUGUCGAGUUCGGCAAGAUCUACGACUUCUACUUGCCCCCGUCGUUCUUGCGACUACAGGAGAGCCCAUCCGUGAACACGAUGUGGCGCAUCCUUGACAAGGGCGCCAGCAAUGGAGGCCUUGCGGCAGCUGCCAUGAAGCCCAAGCUUGGCAUGACGCCAAAACCUUUCCGUGCGGCCUCCUAUGCGCUUUGGCAAGGUGGAGCCUACACCGCAGCCGACGUGCAGGCAAACCAGGCGCCCACCCAAGCAAGUGAGGGCAUUCCGGAGGUCGUGAAGGCCAUGAGGUCGUGCGUCCAAGGGACUGAUGUUGCUAAGCGGCAUUCGGGUGGCAACUACACUGAUGAAUCGAAGGAGAUGGAUGCUCGUGGAAAGUACGUCCUAUCGCAGUUUGGACCUUUCUCCGGAAAUUGCGUUUCCUUGGUGGCAGGAUAUGCAGCGGGAGGCAGUGCCCGGCACACUUUCCCCAGGCAGUUCGUUCAUUACCAUCGUGCGGGACAAGCAUCCACAAGCAGCCCCCAGACCCAACGCGGCUACUCUGCGUUCGUGCACACCAAGAUCUCCCAAGUCAUCAGCACCACCAGCAUCCACGCCGACACCAUGAGCUUCGGCAAGACACAUGGUGAUUCCCACGGCAAGAGUAUGGCUGUCAUGCUGCAGGACGACGCGGCCGAUGCCCGGCUCUGCGAUCAAAGGCGGGAGGGCAUGACACAGAGUGCUCCUGGUAUCAUGAACGCUCUCCGCCUGCCGGCUUUCUUUGAAACCCUGGGCCAUUCCAACGUGAUCCUGACUGCCGACAGCGGCUCUUUCGGCCACAAGGACGGCCCUGCGUCUGGUGCAAUCGCCUGCCGCCAAGUUGAGGAAGCAUGGAAGGCCUGGAGGUCUGGACAGUAUGGCAACGUCAGCUUGAGCGAUGGUGUGGUUGAGUUCGCCAAGACCCACAAGGAGAUCAAGGGUGCCUUCCUCACUUUCCCGAAGGAUGCAGACGAGAUAUACCCGGGCUGGAAGGAGAAGCUAGGCUGCACGGGCAAGGAGUCUGUACCGCCGGCAAGCUUUGUGAAUGCAAAGAUCUCUCCAGCCUCCUCAACCGCAGCAGCCACGGCGCGCACCACUAUGAAUGCCGCAAAGAUGGCCUCGCAAAGCACGGCAGGAUCAGUGGUCAACCCGAAGAUGGCCUCGGAAAGCACAGCAGGAUCAGCGGUCAACCCGUACGCCGGUGUGGUCAAAAGUAUCCAGGGUGCCAGCAGCAGCAACACGGCGCGAACCAUGCUGGCAACAGAAAACGUGUCGCGUGACCUCUCACGGCAGGGGCGAGAGGCUGCGCUUCAGGAUUCGCCCAAGCAGAACCAGGACGUCCGCGUGGCGUCCCAGACCGAUCCCCAGGUGAUUUCCAGCGACAAGAAGACGAGCGUGAGAAUCGAGCGUGCCAGCACGGACUCACAGUUGGCAGCCGCCGAGAAAGCAGUCAAUCCGUCUGCCGGCUUGGCCAAAACCAGCCACGAUGCCAGUGGCGGGUCGCGAACCCUGAUGGGAACAGGAAGCACUUCGAGUGAUGUCCCGCUACAGCGGCGUGGGUCCAUGUCUUUGCUGCAGGAUCCGCUCAAGCAGCAGGUUGACGUCCACGCGGCUUACCAGACCCUGCCCCAUGCCCAGGUGGAUUCCGGUAACAAGUUCACGGAGACCGCGAGCACCAUGGGGAGUGGGACUCAGACAAGUGGCAUAGCCGACAGCGUUCCAGGACCCGUCAUGAAGCGCGAAGUGGCAUGGAGCUGCCGGACCUUGCUGGAGGAUGGUCCUCCGCUGCGUUUUCAAGCAGCAACAGAGGUGCCGGUAAGCUUGAAGACCGAUGCCAGCGGCAGGAGGCACUCACUGCCAUCGUCCCUUCUUACUAGGGAUGCCACCAAGCCCAGGCCGAAGAAGACCCUUCGGUUCUCGGAGCAUGUCGACCACAGGUCAAUCAGCCCAAGACCCCGGUCCGCAUCGGCUCCCGAAAACUCCGGAACGGCAGACAAGCUUCGGGGAAAGACUAUGGCAGCUCAAGCAGGGACGGCUCGGUCAUCAGCAUCCAAGCCGUCCACUGCCUCCAAACCCGUGCCGGUGCAGAGCUCUAGCUUUUCGGAGUUCUUGUUCCUCCCACCGGUCUCUGAAAACAAGACAGAGCCACCUCCGCAGUCUUUGUCUAACUUCUUGUUUGCUCCAAACGGCAGUACAGCUCAGCACGCAGUGCCUGCGGUUGAGAUGGAGAGCAGCCGCCGAAGCGGGGAGGAGCACCAUCCCAGCAGUGCCCACCACCACGGCAGCGAUGCCCACCAUCGCAGCACUGGUGACCACCACCACCGCAGCGAUGCCCACCGUCACAGCAGUGAGGCCCACCAUCGCGGCAGUGAAUCCCACCGCAGUAAUGAUACCCACCACCGCAGCAGUGAUGCCCACCACCGCAGCAGUGAUGCCCAUCACGGGCAUGGAAAGGGGUCUGCCAGAAAGAGGAAGCACGAUGACAAGCAUGAUAAGGGUAUUCAGGAAACAUCCUCCACUACAGCAUCAACCUCCACUUCCAGCUCCAGCUCCAGCGCGGGCGAGCCAGCGAACCUGGCUUCCCGUGGCGAAGUUUCCGGCACGAUGGUCCAUCAUUCCUCUUCGUUUCAGGUUACUGAGGAGAUGGCCCGGGAGGCCUACGAGCGCGGCCUGGGGUGUUGCUUGGAACGGCGUGUUUUGGAACGCGCCUAUUUUCUUUUUCAGAAUGGCCAGAGCGAGGACGCCGACUUCAAUUACUUCACCGCGCUGAGAAUCGAACUCAGCGAAUCAGGCUGA